GCGCGUCGCCAGUCCAUCCGAGGUGACACUCUACCUCAGGCACAUCCCGUCGGACUACACGAAGGCCAAUUUCCAGGCGCUGAUCUCCACUGCUGGAUACGACGGCGAGUAUGACUACUUCUACUUGCCCCGUUGCUUCCACACAAAGAUGUGCAAGGGGUACGCAUUCAUCAACCUUUCCACCGAGGAGGUCGCCCAGGGGUUGACUGAGGCCCUCGAGGGCACUCAGAUGUGGCACGGGUGCCUGCUGAGCGUGUCGCGCUCGGCGACGCAGGGGCUGGCGGACAACCUCUCAAAGUGGGUCCACACGCACUCCUGCCGUGUGAAGGACCCUGAGGUGCUGCCCUCCGUGGGGCCGCUGCAGCGGCGCGGUGGGGCCGCCGCCUACGCCGAGAUACAGCUGCUGCUCGGGCUGCCGUCCAUCGACCGCGCGCCCCCGGGGCCCCCGCGGCAGCGCCCUCUGCUCGAGCCCGCCGGCGGCGUCGCCGAG